UCUACAAUAGUAAACAGUAGCAAACACGGCAGUAAAACAAGAUUAUUGGUUUUCAAUUGACUAAACUUUGAAAUUUUAAAUAAUCCUCUUAAAAUAACACUAGAAGAAUCUACUAGAGAUCUAAACUAGAUCUAGACUAGAUCUAGAUCUAACACAUAGAUUAUCUAGAUCUAGGCCUAUACUUGCUAUCAUGAGAUCUUCAGCUUAAUGAUUCAAACUCCCACCGUAUACACCUCUUCUGCCUGUUACAGAAGAAGCUUGUGAUUAAGAUGUACAGAAACAACAUUUGGGUGCUGAUAACAGGGGAGGCGACCCUCUCUUAAAGAUUUCUGGGCAUCUUCUGAUUGGAUCGAGGAUUGAGACAACAGUUAUCUGCCCCUGAAGCAAAUGCUGGACAUUUCUUUUGAGAUUGUAUAAGUGUAAAGAAUGAAGGUUCUCAUCAUACUGCUGAAUUUGUUGCUGGUCAAAUCUUCUUCUGAGCUUGACUUGGAUGCUAUUUUCUCCAUGACCGGUCCAACCUAUUAUUUUGUUGGAGAAGAUUUGCGGUUAAGUUUUUCUCUGAUAGAAAAUGUGUAUCAGGAAAAUGUCACGUGUACCAAGACGCAACCCCUUAUAGGAUCCCAAGAAACAGUAUGUUUUGGGUCAAGUUUUGUCCACUGUGAAGCAUCUGAAUGUUCCUUGAUUGUUCCCAACGUCGACUUGAAGGACAAUGGCAGUUACAACUGCUACUACAACUACAGCUUUGAGAGAAAUGACUUCAAUAAAGAACUUUGUAAUGACAGCCCAACAAAAUGUGCUAUAGGAAAUUCGGAUGAUAUCAAAGUACAAUAUAGACCAGAAAAGGUGAGAGAUUUCACCUGUAUUGUGGACCCGUUGAAAAAAGAAUUGAACUGUAUGUGGAGACAUCCAGUGGAGUAUGUCUGGAUGCAUGAUAACGAUGACGUUGACACAGUAGUUGAUGUAAUAACAAAGCCUCCUGGCAGGUCACCAAACUGCUCAAAGACAGGGUGUGUGUGGGAGAGUGUCAACUUGACAGCAUGGUAUGACAUAACUGUCACAGUCAGCAACACUGAACAACUUGUCUCAGCUAGUCAGACAUACACACUUCUACCCAGUGACUACAUUAAACCACAUCCUGUGGAGAAUUUAUCAGCAUCAGAAAAAGCCAGUGGGUGUGUCAACCUCACCUGGAGUAGUGCAGGAAACCAGGUGUUUAGGGUCUCCCACCAGUCAACACAAGAUGUAACAUUUCAGGUGACUUGUGAAAAUUGCUCUGAAAGUUUUUACUUGAUGUGUGGUCUAGCCCCCCACUCCCAGCACAACUUCUCUGUCCAGUCCUUUCAUGUAGGGAGUCUCCACGGUUACUGGAGUGAUGCUACAUAUCUCUCAGGCUUUAGGAUGAUGGAAGCAGCGCCAUCACUGGGACCUAAAGCAACCAAUGGAAGUUUCACAAGUUCCAGCUGUUCCAACAACAGCGCUAAUGUCAGCAUUUACUGGCAGGAAGUGCCAGAGUCCGGGAGAAAUGGCCACAUCAAGGGUUACAUCAUCAAAGAUUCCACGGGCCACAUCCUGUACAAUGGCCCCUCUAAGGUGGCCAACCUGACCCUACCAUGUGACCAACAUCAUCACCUGACUCUCUCUGCCUACAACAGCGCUGGAGAAUCCCAGAAACCCACAGAUGUUUUUGUCUUCACACCAGCCAAUGUGGACAGCAUCCUGCUGUCCCUGGAGGUGGCUAGUUACAAGAAUGGCUCAGUGAUAGCGCACUGGCUGCCUACACAUCAGUUCCAGACCAUCACCAUCUUCAGCUGUUUGCAGCCAUGUCAGGAUUUGUAUUGGGUCAAGAGUCGGAGUGGUGAAAAUUUCUUGGACGUUUCCCUUGAGAUCCCAGAGUUAAACCUGCAGAGCUCAGACUCCAAGAGAUUUCUCUUUGGCAUCGCAGCAGUUGACCCUGUCAGCAACUGGUCAUCUCCCCUGUACUGGACGCCAUGUCUCUACAACCCUGAUUCUCCGCUACCUACACCAACAAUUAUGCAUGUGAAAGCAGACGUCAACUUUGCAAUAAUUAAUUGGAGUGGGGCGACAUGCUCGUAUGACACAUACAACAAGUUUGCUAAAGUGACGUAUUACACGCUACAGAUUUGUUCUGCAAGGUCUGGCUGUAGAGCAGUGAAUGUGACGGCAUUAGAGGAGCCAAUGAUGUCAUACACCAUGAAGGACCUGGAUGCUGACACACACUACGACGUGUCAGUUCAAGCCUGGUCACCAACCAGCGUGGGUACCCCAGUCUUUAGCAACUUCACAACAUCACAGUCAGAUGGAGCAGAGAUCAAGAUCAUUGUCGCUGUUGUUGUUGUGGUAACAGUAUCAGCUCUUAUCAUCAUUGUUGUUAUUUUUAUACGAAAAUGUAGAAAAUCUAAAGAUCGAUUGAAUUUUAUAGAUCCUGAGUUCUUAAAAGUCAUGAAACCAGCUGAUAAGACUGAAGCAGUGUAUGAAAACCAUUGGAUAGCACCAGGUCAAACAGGUUUAGCACCAGGUCAAACAGGUUUAGCACCAGCACCAGGUCAAACAGGUGUAAUACAACUCACUGACUCCAGCACGACACACAUCACUGACUCAGGCAUGACGCAACUCACUGACUCUGAUGUGCAGCAUCAGACUGACUCUGAUGUAUCUUCAACCAACUCCAGUCAAUCCAGCCAGACCCUGCUGAUUCCUCUGUCUGACAGACUCAUGCCCACUUUGAUGACCUCUGGUGAGUACCAGGCCGUCUCAUCAAAACGCCCUGGAACUCUGAUGACCUCUGAUGAGUACCAGGCCGUCCCAACAGUCUGUCUGUCCCCUCAACAUACGUCUGCCUCAGGAGACCUGAUACAAGAGGACGUGCAGAUGUACAUUAGAAUAGCCAAGGGCUAUCAAGAUGGAAGCUUGCCAAACUUUAUUACAAUGGUUGAAUGUCCAGCCCCUGGCAGUAGUCAAGCUCUGUCAGACACUCCAUCAGUAGAACCACAGCAAACUCAUCUGUUAGAGUCUCACAGUGUACCUGAGUAUGUGCCAUUUGCUUAACACGUGGCUGUCAUCAAACUUAGGAUCUGCAGGGUUAGAAAACUCCAUGUUGAAAUAGUCUUUCCAUUGUUUCAAACUAGCAUUGGUUCACACACAAAAUCCAUACUUAAUUCUGAGUUUUUGUCUACCUCCUCGAUGAUAUCUGAUCUUGUAAUCAUGUUUAUGUCAAAUUAUUUUAAAUAAAAAUAUGAAGAUACAAAUGGCUGUUAUGCACAACGCCAUUGAAGUAUUAGUUUUAAACAGUAUGUUUAAUAUCAUAGUGGUUAUUUGUUUGAUUUGUUGUAUUUUUCAAUGUUGAAAUAAUUUUUUUAAAUAUUUUUAAAAUAAAUUAAUACAUCCUACUUUUAGCUUCAUAUUAAUCAUUAGCCCUGUACUUUAUCAUUUAUAUACAUAUAUAUACAUACUUGCUGUCGGUACACGUAACAAGUGAAUUAAAGGCCUAUAUAUUUUAAUGUUAUACUUGUUUGAGAAAAUUAUUUUAUAAAAUAGUUAUUGGUUAAAAGGCAAUGUGCUUUACUACUCGUUGAACGAUAUUAGUGACAAAGCAAAGAAAUAAUUAAAUAGCUAAAAAGCCUGCACAUUUAAAAUAACAUAGACUACCAAUACCUAUUAGGAAAACCAAAUUAUAUACAUUAGUCAACACAACACCAUAUUAAAUGAACACACUGAUUAAGAGAAUUAAAUGAUUCCGUUAAAAACCCGGCUGUUCAAUGGGAUUUAUGUUGUUUUUUAAAGUAAUUUGUACUACUUUUGGCUGAGAAAAUUGUAUACAUUUCAUAUCGUACGUCCCGAUAAGUAGAUCUAUAGAUCUAAAUCAAAUUUGAAUGAAAUAGUUCAUUUCUUCAUAUUCUAAAAUUGGAAGAUGACGCCAUUAGUUUUGUGUACUUUCCAUAGUUCAAACAUUUGACGGCAUUGUUUUUUGCCUUCUUGUUCCAACCAUAAUCAAUUUUCUAAUUGCUUAAUUAAAAAUGUGUUUCUACAUUCAAAUAUGCCUUUAUUUUUAUUUUCCUUCUCUAAAUAAAAUUUAGUUUAUACAUUUAAAACAUCCAACAUAUUGUUUUCAACAAAAUUACAUAUCUUUAACUUCUUCAUAUAUCACUCAACAUACUGACCACAUGGUGUGGACAGAGAGAGAGAAGUGAGCACAUAGACUUUUGUAUAUAUUAUGAUACAUAUAUAUAUAUAUAUAUAUAUAUAUAUAUAUAUAUAUAUAUAUAUAUAUAUAUAUAUAUAUAUAUAUAUAUAUAUAUAUAUAUAUAUAUAUAUAUAUACACCUAUAUACAUAGACCUACAUAUAUACAUAGACCUACAUAUAUACAUAUGUACAUUUAUACCUAUAUAUACAUUUAUACACAUAUAUAUACAUAUGUACCUAUAUAUAUAUAUAUUCAUGAACUUCUUUUUAUUGCUUUUAAGAAUGCUAUUUAAUUUUUAUUGCUUCGACAAGGCUGUUUGGCUUAAUAUUCAUGCCCAAUGGUUUUCUCAUUUUUCUGUUUUCUACUUAACUUAUGCCACUAAUGAGAGAUGUGACAAAGUCAAGCCAAACUACUUAAUAUUAAAUGGGGCAGACUGGCUGACUACUAAACAUUCAAUUACUAAUCUGAAAGUAUGGGUUCAGGUCAUGAACAUACCUGAGUCUGCCCGGCUCUAGUGAGUACCUGACUCAGUUUGGGGAAAGUAAAGAUGGCUUAGCUCUUGCUACCAUGCCUCUAGCUGUUUUUAUCUAACAAUCACUAUUGAAUUCCUAGAUUAUGUCAGUUGCAAAAAUUGUAAAUCAAUAUAUUCAUUUACUUGCAUUUUGUCCAUUAAUCAAAAGCUAUGCACUAAUAAAAUUUGUGUCCAUUAAUCAAAUGUUAUACACAUAUAACAUUUGAACUCUAACAAUCUUCUGCAGUAUAAACAUGCAAGAAAAGAAUGUGAGAGUUGUGUUCAUUUACAAAAAUAAAAUUAUUUUACUCAA